AUGACAACCACCACAAUCCUAGCAUCGCUCCUCCACAGCAUCGAGAACUUCCUCGCGUACCUUUUCACACCUUUGGACACUCAUCUUUCAUCCUCCGCACAACAAUUUCUCAUCAUCUCCUCCGCCUGCUUCACAGCCAUCAUGAUUUUCUCUUUCCUAAACAAGGCCGUUAACACAAUCGGCGCUCUUCUCACACGUAUACCUAUUUCUCCCGAAAGACUUCUUAACCAAGCGAUCGGAGAAUUCGAAGCUAUUCCCACAUCCGCCGAGACGUUUCUCAGUCAAGCAUUCUGCAAAUUCGACGCAGUGCGGAAUCACAAAACCGAAAGAAAUCAUGAAGAUAUGCGGGAUUGUAAGACCGCUCUGAGAAAUAAAAAGACUUGUUGGCAACCAACGGCUAAACUGACAAAAUAUAUGCUCAUGGCUCUGUAUGGGAUUUUCCUGACGUGCUAUUUUGCAUAUGUGGUUGUGGAAUUUGAAGGUUGGGUUAGGGAGGGGAUUAUUGUGCUUUCGGGGUUGAGUUUGGUUAAUGUGGGAGUUUUGAGUUUGUUGGGGGGAGCGAGAGGAGGGGGGUUGGUAAUGUUAGGAUUUUCUUUGGUUCUUUCAUUGUUGAUUGGGAGGGGACUUGUGUACUGA